AUGUCGUAUUAUAAAAUAAUUUAUGAUUUUUUUAAAGUACCGGCGUUUCAUUUGGAUAACAUCUCCUUCCAUCUUGAGGAUGGAGCUGCUAAGUGGAAAUUUGUGAUUCAGAGAAGGGUAGUUGUGGAAAGGGAAUUGGGAAAAGAUGUUGCUGAUGUCAAGGAGGUCAUGGACCUGAUAAAAGCUGUUGGGCUUUUGAAGACUGUUGCUGGGUUCUCUCAAUGCUACGAAGGUUUAGUUAAGGAAUUUAUUGUUAAUAUUCCUGAGGAUAUUUCUGAUAAGAACAACAAGGAGUUCUGCAAGGUGUAUGUGAUGGGUAAGUGUAUAACAUUCUCUCCUACUGUUAUUAAUAAUUUUCUAGGAAGAAAUAAUGAGGGUGCAGGAGAAUUAGAGGUUACAGACAAUCAGGUCUGUAGGGAGAUUACAGCUAAACAGGUGAAAGCUUGGCCUUUCAAAAAGCAUCUUCCUGUUGGGAAGUUGACUAUCAAGUAUGCUAUCCUGCAUAAAAUAGGAGCUGCUAAUUGGGUACCUACCAACCAUAUCUCCACCAUUGCUAAUACUCUUGGGAGGUUUAUUUUUGUUGUUAGGACAAAAGUGAAAUUUGACUAUGGUAGAUAUAUGUUUGAUCAAAUCAUCAAGCAUGCAACUACUAAUGCAGUUAAGCUACCAAUUGCCUUUCCCUAUAUGAUCUGUGGAAUUAUCUUGAAUCAAUAUCCUGGUAUUCUGUGCUCAAAUGAUUUACCUAGUAGGAGAAAACCAGCUUUGUCUAUGCACUACAAACUCUUUGAAGGCAGUCAUAUCGAGGAUAUUGUCAUGACAUCUGCCAUGAGGAGGCCAGUCUCAAACGUUGGAGCAAUUGCUGAGCUUAAGGAGACAUGCAAAGAGCUAGGUGAAGGGAUUAGGGUAGCCACAGCUAGAAAACAAUGUUUGGAAGCCUUGAUUGAAAGCUUGGAGCAGGCUGAGGGUGAAAAUGUUGAACAUGCUAAUGUCAACUAUGAAGAAGAAGCUGAAGCCCACACCUCUAAUGAGAGGUCUGCUAACAAUGAUGAUGCGAGUCGCAAUUCUGAUUCUGGUGCUGCUAAAGAGGCUGCAAACUCAAGCUCUACUGAGUAG